AUGACCUCUAACUCUUCUCAAGUGCCUCCUAUUCCACCACAAAAUAAGGAAACUGUCUCUCAAAUCUAUUUUGAAGGGCGUCCUUUACCCGAUAAUUUAAUCAAUUUUUCUUCUCCAACUGGAAAAGACCUUUUUAAACAAGCUCUUAACGAAGGUUAUGCAGAAGGCUACUUUAAUUUAUCUAGUUGUUUCUCCCAUCAAAUGGAUCCUGCUUUUUGCGGCUUAAGCUCUUUAUCAAUAGUUCUAAACGCUUUACAAGUUAAAGGUGCCCCUGUAUGGAAAGGUCCGUGGCGCUGGUGGUUUGAUGAACUCUUGAAUUGUUGCACUCCAAUAGAUGAAGUUAAAAAAAAAGGGAUAAAUUUUUCUCAAUUCGCGUGUUUAGCAAGAUGUCAUUGUGAUGUUAUUGUUAAGCGUGCUGAUCGCACUUCAAAAGAAGAAUUCAUUUCUGACUUGAAAGAAGUUUGUUCAAGAUCGGAUGUUUACAUGAUUAUUUCAUUCUCGAGGGCUGCAAUGAAACAAACUGGUGAUGGUCAUUAUUCACCAAUUGGUGCUUACAAUUCUGAUAAAAAUAUGGCUUUAGUAUUAGAUACUGCAAGGUUCAAGUAUCCUUCUUAUUUCGCGUCUGCUGAUUUGUUAUAUAAUUCUAUGCUACCCUUGGAUAAAGAAACGGGUCUUUCACGUGGUUAUUUCCUUCUCUCAUAUAAUCCAUCUCACAAAACGAUUUCACUCUGUAAGUUAUCUUCUGAAGGAAAUAAUCCUGUGGUAAAUUGGACUGCACUUGGCAAAACAUUCUGUAAAGAUAUUCCAGAACGUUUACUAUCAGAAAAACCAAAUACGUUAGAAGAGGCGGCAAAAGUGGUUUUAACUGAUCAACUUAUAAUGUCUCUUCAACAUGUUUUACGAACUGAUAUUGAAAAUUUUAAAGAUGAAAUUUCUGAAUCUGGUGAACGUGACGUUAAUACUCUAUUCAAUGAUGUUAAAACGAUAGCAUUAUAUCCUAUUAUUCAAUCUGUCUUUCAGAAAAUGCAACAAAAUACUUCACUUGAUUAUUCUAAUGAAAAACAAGUUAUUUUUGCUACACUUUUUCUACUUUCUGUUCCAUCCAUGCUAUUUAAAAGUUUGGAACCAGAAUUAGCUAAACAAUUGGAAUUUUAUCGUGAUCGUGGAGAUAUGUCACCUACCUUAAGGAAUGAAGUGGAACGUUUGAGUGAAGAAAUGAAAGAAUUGGUCAUGAACUUUUGUAUUUGUGAGACUGAUAAAAAAUCAGGAAGAAAUUCUUUUUGUUGCAAUGGAAGUAACUAA